AAAAAGAGAGAAGCAUUUCUAAAAAUACCACUUCAAUUUCGGGGCAAGUCAAAAGUAUCACUAAUGUGGUUACAUAUUCACCACCUUUAGUCUUUAAGCACAACAGAAGAACCACCGCUAUUAAUGCGCUCUCCCUCUCAAUAUUGGAACAGGACGAAAGUAAUAUUACUUCAUAUCCUUCACCUUCGGAGCAGAAAGAAGACAGCACCAAAUAUUCUAUUCAAGCUAUAUGCGAAAUGAGCCCUCCCCCAAAAUGUUUUAAAGGACACAGCUUGCAGGAAAUUGAUUCCGGCUACAGUUCUUGGGGAUGCGACGUGUGUGGCAAAAAUAACCCUACAUGGAAACUUGGUAGCUGCAAAAUUUGCGAUUUCGCCACUUGCCCUGUCCAUUGCAGUCCUGGACAGAAAUGUGAACCUCUAAAUCGCUGUAGUAAGGGUCAUCCUCUUUAUAAUCUGAAAGCUAAACCUUCUUGG